GUACCGAGUACGGAGUACCUCUGGCCAAGUACCCCCAAGGUCACUUCUUGUUGGUUGGUAGGUAUCUAUCUACCUCUUCAGGUAUCUAUCUACCUCUUCCUGCCCUUGCACCUCGUCGCAUCGGUGCUCGGUCCAGUCCAGCCCACUUUCCCAUGCCUGCUCCCGCCCUUGCUUGCAGUCCUGGUCUUUUCAAGGUUGUUUGUCUUCUCUACUGUGAUACAUCCUGCUGCUUCUGCCGCUGCUGCUCCCUGCGACGGUCGACAUCGGACCCCGCCAGCACCAGCACACGGUCAAAAUCAACAUAGAUAAUCUCGGGGGCAUCCCCACCAGUCACGCUGCCUACACCCCGACUUCUUGUCACACCGCACCACCUGUCUCCUCCAAUAAUCUCGAUAUCGCCUUUCUCACUCUGCAAGCACUCGGCCUGCCAGUCAGUCAGCUAGCUUGCCAGUCAGUCAGUCACUGCAGUUAGUCACUCGGUAUCUCAGUUACUUUCGACCUGGUUGUACAUCUCUUGAACACACCCCAUCUCGUGUCGUGCCUACAUACCUAGGGACCCUUCCUCUUGUCCAACAUUUGCCGUCCCUCAUCCUUCGCUGGGAAGUCUUGAACACUGCCUCCUCCUCCGACCUUCGACGUCUUCUGCUCCAAGAGAGGCGCCCCCACCUCGGUCAACCAGACUCACUCGACUCAGCGCCCAAGACCUUUGGGUCUUUCUGUGGGCCGCUCCGAAAAGUACCGUCAUCUUCUCAGUCUUCUCUCUUUGUUUGGCACCUGGCCCUUCCUUCACUUGUACAUUCCCCCUACUGCUUGCCUGUCAAGCUACCCGUCACCACAAGGUCUUGAUAUCUAUCUACGUCCAUCCUCAGUCAGUCGACUUGGUCGCCUGUCUACGUAGAGACACAGCAAACAGCAUUGCGCCACACUUGGACUAGGCCUAGUCCGUCUCGUCAAACCAGCAUCGUUACACUGUCACUGAGUGCAUUGCUAUCCUUUUUUCCUCGUUCCCUUCGAGCAUAGCAGGUUCUUCCUUGCCUCACUCGGUCGAACCACAUUCGACAUGGCUGCUGCCGCCGUGCUUUCUUCCCCAGCCCCUUCUGGCAACAUGCCCGCCAAGCAUGUCUCGCCUCAGUCUACGCCGUCGGGCUCCCCAAGCUCCACGGCAAUAAUCAACCCCAGCCUGACCGACAGCACUCGCACAAGUGCCACCCUAAAUGAGAAGGAUGCCCAGCAGGUUCCACGUCUCGGUGCAGACGGCAAGGUCGCCGGGGCGGAUGACAGCUCCAACGCCAGCAGUCUCAAGAAGACCAGGUCCAAGAGGCUGCGCCAGUCCUUGACCUCCAGGCGCAGUAGCAAGCUGGCCAAUGUCCCCGAGGAACAGCCUGACACUGCUGAGCCUGACCGCUCCGUCUCACCAGGUCGCUUCAAGACAUUUGUGAGGUCAUUCAAGUACCUCUAUAAACUAACCCCCAAGGAGGUUGACGAUUUUAUGGCGUCCUACAUCAUCUACAACCUCGACUGGGAGAACGAGGCCGAGAUUAUCGACAGCCUGGGGCCGGAUUACCAGCAAAAGGUCGGGGACUGCCUCAAGACGUACUACGGAGUUCUCAACCACCUCUGUGCUCUUGGCGAUGUUGAGAAGAUGUACAUCCCACCCGCCGUGAACAUGAAGGUCUCUGUACGAGAUAACCAGCUGCUGUACGAGGAGUCCGUCGCCCGGGACCUUGGCCUGAAGCCCGGCAUGAGGGUGCUGGACCUGGGCUGCGGCCGAGGUCGCGUUGCAGCCCAUAUCUCAAAGUAUUCUGGGGCCCGGGUGACAGGCCUCAACAUCGAGCCAAAUUCAAUUGCUCAGGCUCAGGCUUUCAAUGACGAGUUGGGCCUUGACAACGACUUCAUCAUCAAGGACUUCAACGACCUGCCGCUCCCCUUUGAGGAUGCGACUUUCGAUGCUUUUUAUAACAUUCAGGCAUUCAGUCUCUCCAAGGACCACCCGGCACUCGCCAAGGAGAUUGUUCGCGUCCUCAAGCCUGGUGGCCGCUUCUCGUCCCUGGAUUGGGUCAAGUACCCAGCCUAUGAUGAAAAGAAUCCUCAGCAUACCCAGCUAAUGCGUCGUGUGAAGCCUCUCAUCGGCGCUGUGGGAACGCCGACCCCAGUAUCCAUGGAGAAGGCAUUCACCGAUGCCGGGCUGGUCAUCACUGUCUCAGACAAUGCCAGCAUCGCCACAGACGGUCUGCAGAGCCCGCUCAUCAGCAAGGUCGAUCUUUACUUCCGCACCAUGCGCCAGUUGAUCCUAGCCAUGGUCAAGCUGCAUGCCCUGCCGCCGCACUUCAAGACGCUCAUCAACCGAUUCUGUCUCGACGGGGAGGCGUUUGUCCAAAUGGAUGAGAUGAGGCUCAUUACGACCAGCUAUCGAAUCAUUGCCGAGAAGCCAUACAAGGAGUAACUGCAUCAAUAGACGGGGUUCUAACUUUGUGACCACCGGCAAAGCAGGUCAACAGACGAGCAUUUCCACGGUAUCUACAAAACGAUGGCGUCUUUCACACAGGAACCUCUCUAUCAUAAAACGGAACGGUAAUGUCUAUUGCUUACGUUCGUACCGCCAGCGCCAUCAGCGUCAUCAUCAUUUUCAGCAUUUUUUCCAGACUUGCACGGUUGAUGUUGCAUGGGCAGGGGUUGCGGGUGGGGUCCAGAUGUCAUUGUCUUGGAUUAUGACAGAUUUGCACCAUUUUCUUCAUGUCUCAAGUCUGGCACUUGUGGCUUCUCUCAAACCAUGUUUCGUUUCAUUUAAGCAGGUCAGUGUUUAGUUAGAUCGAGUGUUUCUGGGGAUGAAGACAAAAACAUGAUGAUUUAUAUUUCUAGCUAGUGAAUAAGCCGUUCGUUCCAAACUUGAA